AUGUUGGGCCUUGGGGAUUAUGAAAGCAGUAGUGAGGACGAAUUUGAAAAGAAACCGGCAUUUAAUCCAAAACAACAAAUGAAAGCAUCACAAGCUGAAAAUUUAGAGACGCAACACAAUAAAAUUCAAUAUACAUCGAAAGCCCAGCCCGCAGUAGUAUCGGAAACUACCUUCGACCGAGAACCUAGCGGACCUGUACUUGGACCGAUGCAUGAGGAAUUUGAGACUCGACAAGCAGUUGACGAGCAGUCAUCGACAUCUCGUACGUUCAUUCAUGACUUAACCCUGCCACCAGUUCCAAACCUGGAUAUACCACCGUCACCCCCAGGUUCGCCAAAUCCCUCGGCAAAUGCGAAGUUUGCGCAUUUCCUGUCGUUGAAGAAACAAGAUGUUCACUUUAACGACAAGCUAGCGGGCUCAGCUUCUCUCAAGAACCCAAGCUUAUUGAGAAAGUUGAUGGAACAUGCCGGUAUAGAUGAUCAAGCGCAAUACUCCAGUUCCUUGCCACCUGACUUAUGGAACAUAUCAAAAUUGCCAUAUUGGGGUUAUAAGGAACAGCUGUUGAGAGCGCAGAAGGAACACAAUGUCAAAGCGGAGGACAGCAGGUUGAGGGGCCAAAGGGACAUGGUUGAGUUUGUAUCAGGUUCAAGUCGACCGGGUCCUGCCUCGCAAUCUAGAUAA